AUGUCGGGACCUAUGUCAGGUGUGCAUGGCUCUGCGGAUAUCACCGCAGAGCUUAACCUACAGCCACGGUUGGUGAUAGCUCCCCAAGCUCGUAUUGAGGGCGAUAAUAUUGAUGCCUGUGCCUAUCUUUCUUUGCCGAAAACAGAACAGGAUUCAGGUCUUUCUUCUGAGCUCCAAGACCAUGCGGUUCUCCAUGCCAAUCAUAGUAUACCUACCCCUUCCGAUAGCGAUGAUGGUCGCGUGGCCACCGAAGACGAAGUGCGUGAUCUCCUUCAUGUCGUUGAUAGAGUUCCAGUUCGGCUCUGGGUAGCAUGCCUCGCGGGUAUUCUGGAACGCUUUGUCUGGUACGGGGCAACCGCUCCUAUACAGAAUUACCUGCAAAAUGCACCUGGUGGUGUGGUUCCGGGAGCACUGGGCUUGCAUCAGGCUACUGCAUCUAACAUCGUCAAUGCGGUAAUCAUCGGGUCGUAUAUCGUGCCCGUACCUGCUGCCAUUGUUACCGAUAGCUGGUUGGGUCGCUACAAGACCAUGAUAUACGCUGCUAGCAUUGAGGCCAUCGGGGCAACUGUUCUUUUUGCGACAUCCCUGCCCUUCGCGAUUCAUGAGGGGGCGGCUUUGGCCGGAGUGAUAACUGCCUGUAUACUGCUGGCCAUUGGAUCAGGGGCAUUCAAGACUGCGAUAGUACCAUUUAUUGCCGACCAAUAUGACGAGACCGAGUUUCGAAUCAAGACUCAGAAAGGGGGAAAGAGAGUUGUCACCAGCCGAGAGUUGACCAUCACUUAUAUCUACAACGUCUUUUACUGGGCUAUUAACGUGGUGUGUUUCGUGGCCGAUUCCACACCGUUGUUGGAACGAUAUGUUGGUUUUUGGCUCGCUUACUUGGUCCCAUGCUGCGCCAUGUGGUUAGUCCUGAUCCCGAUACUACUCGGCCACAAGCACUUUGUCCGGCAUUCGCCCACAAGCAACAUUAUGCCCCAGAUAUGCGCUGCUUUACGGUAUGGGAUCACCGGUGGCUUCAAAAUGGAUGCCGCAAAGCCAGACGCCCAGCUUUAUCAACACGGCCGACAGGUCCCCUGGGCAGACUCAUUUAUUGAAGAAAUUAAGAGGAGUCUCCUGACCUGCCGAGUAUUGAUUCUGUUCCCUAUUCACUGGCUCUGCUAUAACCAGAUAUUCAGCAACUUGAUCUCUCAAGCUGGGCAGAUGGUCACGUACGGUAUCCCGAAUGACAUGAUGAAGAUUGCUGGGCCAAUCUCGGGAAUCAUCAUUGCGCCCAUCGUUCAAAAGGGGCUUUAUCCUUACGUUACAAAGCGACGAAUCUCAUUUGGACCGAUUGCACGGAUGACAGCCGGAUUCAUCUUCCUGACUCUCUCCAUGGUUUACACCACAGUGAUUCAGAAGCUCAUCUACCAGGCCGGGCCAUGCUACGAUACACCACUUUCAUGUCCUGCUUCCAAUGGUGGCACUAUCCCCAACCAGGUUUCCGUCUUUCUCCAAGUUCCGACCUACUUUGGUGGAGGAUUGGCAGAGGUGUUUUGCCUUACCACGGGAACCGAGUAUGCUUAUAACCACGCGCCUAAGAGUAUGAAGACCCUGGUUCAAGCAAUUUGGCUCGCUAUGGCUGGGGUCGGGACCUGUCUUGCCCUGGCCUUCACUCCGCUCACCAAGGACCCCCAUCUGGUCACGAUGUAUGCUAUUCUGACGGGGCUUUUGGGUGGAGCGACCAUUCUGCUGUGGAUUCUUUUCCGAAGCUUGGACAAGUCGAAAAUUAAGGAGGAUGCCGAGUAA